AGGAGGAAUCUAGCUCUGGGGCUUCCUUGAAGGCAGCCUGCUCCUGUGAGGUGGGGUGGAGAGAGUAGUUGUGCCGUGACCAGGAUAGAAACGUGCUUUGUACCAAGUUACAACAUCGAGUCCAGAACUCAGAAUGCCUGAAGAUUCCCACAGAAUACCUUGAAAGUAUGAAUGAUACACAAACAAAAACGGGUUCCCACAACCCAUUCCCACAACAAUGAUGGAGAGAUGGGUGAAAGACAUCCCACUCUCGACGGGAAGCCCUAACAUUUGCACAGAAAAACAGGAGCUUUCUGUUGGUGUCAAAAGCAGGUGUAGAGCUCCAAGUCUUAUGGCUGUCCACCGCGGCAGGACCCUCUCCACUCCCCAAACUCCUGCGAAUCCUCAGGCUUGCGACAGGAUGAGCCUCUCUGGCCCGUGAAUGCCUGGAUCCACGUAGAAGGUGCCAAGAGGAGGAGGGUCCGCCUCCAGCCCGCCCGCACAGGCUGCCCCUUCUCCAAUCACGUGUCCCCGUGGGUGGGGAUCGACCUAAAAUUGGAGAAAUCCUGAGCUUUCUCAACUUCAGAGUGCGCACCCCGCUUCCGUGCAGUGGGCGCGGGUUAGGGGCAGGUACAGAGGUGCGAAUCUGAGAAGCCGAGUUGCGGCGAGGGCGCCAGGACUGGGACAUGGCCCAGCUGUCGGUGAUCCCCGGGACGGCCAUAGCGUGGACAGGGCUCCUCACCGAAGGCGGCCGCAAGGAGACCGACAUGCGGGAGGCGGCGUCGCUGCGGCAGCAGCGCCGGAUGAAGCAGGCGGUGCAGUUCAUCCACAAGGACUCCGCUGACCUGCUGCCCCUGGACGGCCUCAAGAAACUGGGCUCGUCCAAGGACACGCAACCUCAUAACAUUCUGCAGAGGCGACUCAUGGAAACAAACCUGUCUAAGUUCCGAAGCAGUCGUGUCCCAUGGGCCUCCAAGACCAACAAACUCAAUCAGGCUAAGUCUGAGGGGCUAAAGAAGUCUGAGGAUGAUGACAUGAUUUUGGUUUCUUGCCAGUGUGCUGGAAAGGAUGUGAAAGCCUUGGUUGAUACAGGCUGUCAAUAUAAUAUCAUCUCCUCAGCCUGUGUGGACAGAUUGGGACUCAAGGAGCAUGUCAGAUCUCACAAGCAUGAUGGAGAAAAGUUUUCUCUACCCCGACAUCUCAAAGUGGUGGGCCAAAUAGAGCACCUCGUGAUCACAGUGGGCUCCCUCCGACUGGACUGCCCAGCAGCUGUGGUUGAGGACAAUGAGAAAAACUUGUCUCUUGGUCUCCAAACUCUUCGAUCCCUGAAGUGUAUCAUAAACUUGGAUAAGCACCGGCUGAUCCUGGGGAAGACAGAUAAGGAAGAAAUCCCUUUUGUGGAGACAGUUUCUUUGAAUGAAGACAACACUUCAGAAGCAUAACUACAGCCUGUAGCAUUCUGCACGUGUGCACACACACACCAGGUUGACAAAUUGAGAAAACUGGUUUGAACCAAAUGCUAUAGAAACUUGCUGUGGACCAAGUCCUUCCCUCCAAUAGAUGCUCCAGGGGCUCCUUCCCACUCAUACCUUUAUAGACUAUUGUCUGUGCUUAGAGAUCUUGUCUGGUUAUAGCCAUUGUUUUUUACUUCUUUGAUCACUUGAUUUAUAGACCCUUUUGGACACUGCCAGGUCUCCCUUGUGGCCUAUUUCUCUGCUUCUUCCAAGAAAUUAAUUAGUUAAGUGUAGAGGCUGCCAGGUUCUAUUUCUCCCUAGAUACACUUGCUUUUCCUAUAGCUAAAUGUGUAAUAAACAGGAACCUGACUUUUAUCUCAUUUCAGCUUUUUCAAAGAGGUAUAGGAAACCUGUCUUGGAUUAGAAUCUCUUCUAAUUCUUUGACUUAUCAAGUAUGAAUUGAUCUUAAAGAGCCCAGACAAGUUAUCUAGUCCAAACCUUUAACUUAAAGGUCCAGAGAGGCAAGUGAAUUUCUAAACUUAUAUUUUAAGUCAGUGACAAGAAGGGACCUAAAACUCAAACCUGAUUUCUAAGCUAAAGCUCCUGUGCUGCCUCGUUUGUUUUCAAGCCUUAACAGAAAAGCAAAGAGGUGAGUGGUGUAUUUAAAAAAAAAAAAAAAAAAAAAAAAAAAAGGCAGGGUAGGGGGAAUUGUGCUUUGAAGAUGGAUUCCAGGAGGAUCCUGGUGGCCUUCCUUCCUAGGUGCCAAGCAACUAAAAGUUCCCUGCCCUAAACUGUUACUUGUAGGCCCUUAUCUUGGUGAGUAAAAACUGAAGGUACAAAAAUGAAAUAGUCUUUCAAUGUAAACUUCUUGAACAGGAGAAGGGGAAGAAACCACAGGUAGGACUAUUAUAAUCCCUCUCUGAGAUAUAAUUGAAGGCUUCAGUGAAUAAUGGGGGCAUUAUUGAGACAUUGAUUAUCCCCAAGAUCUCAGUAUUUCUGCCUAGUUUGAAAAAGACUCAAGUAGUUGGAAAUAGGGGUAAGGAAAGGAAAUGAAAAAAAAAAAAAAAAUCCAGAGCAGGGCCAGGAUAGAAGGGAGCAGACCUAUUGGGGGCCGUUUGGGGGAAGCCUUUCUAGGAUGGUGGUAAGGAAUAAAACUGCAAGGCAGGGAAUUGAAGCUUGGGGAAGUUUUCCCCUUUUAUAACUGCCCAGUAUUCCCCGACCCCUCUCAAAGAUUUGGGGAGAUCAUGAUCAUGGGUAGGGGUUGAAACUUUUGUUAGGUUGUCAGCUGAGGCAUACGUAUAAUGGAAUCCCCCCUUCAGUUCAGUCUAGAAGUAGUAUUUGGAUAAGUCAGGAAAAAUAGCUUAAGUAUUCCUUUAAGAUACUCCCAAGUCUACCCUUGCUUCACGGCAGUAGUUCACAGGAUGUUUAAUGGAUCCCAGUUUGAACCUUGCCAAGUACCACCAACUAUUUUGUCUAGUGUUAAUUCCUACCCCUGCCAAACAACUCUUUGGAACCUGAAUAUUAUGGCCCUCACAGAAGCUCCCUAAGGACUAGAGACCCCCAUUUGAACAAUUAGGCAGUCAUUGGUCAUUGUCAUUGAGUCAUUCCCUAGGCCUCUUCCUUUUAGCCUUACAAAGGAAGCUGGAUGGACAUCUAAGCAGAGACAUAGGAAGGCAGACUAGGCUACAUCUGAAGCUUAGUAGGUGAACCAAAGACUGCCAACUUCAGCCUGCCCCUUUAGCUACACCCUAUUCCCUUACCUAGAAGGUAUUUACUCCUUGCCACACUCCUCUCCUACCUAUCAUGCAAUGCUUUGUCCUGCUUCUUAUCCUAGGAUAGAGCUAUAUUUAAACGCUGUUUCCCUAUAUUAAAGUUCAACUCCAAGCCUUGACUUCUGGCCACAAGUGAGGCAUGUUGCAGGCUCCUUAUUGAAUUCCCUUUAGACCAGUGAACCAGGAAUUCUCAGAUUCUGCAAAGAUGCAAGUUAUUCUGGCUCUUAGUUCAGGACCACAUAGCAUCAGGGGAUGAUUACAUGGCAUUUAAUGAUCUUUCUGGUCUCUGAAAAUCAGUGAGUGAUUUUCUUGAUGGAGAUACUGAAAAUGCCUACAGACAAUUAGGGGAAGUCUUAAAAUUCAUUAACUUUCUUUAAAUGGCUCAAGUUGAUUACUCUGAUAGCUUUUAUCUCCUGAGAUUCGUAAGAAAGCACUGUCUACUUUGGUUGGGGCUGACAAGGUAAGGAAGUGAGGUCUGUUCUUCUGAGUCUUAGAAAAUUCAGGUGCCUCUCAGGGUUGUGGGAGAAGAAGUGUCUACCUACGUCAUAGUUUUGAGGAUAGGCAGGAGCAAGAAGUAUCAGACUUAUCUCAUUCCUUAUUAGAUGACUACCACAAAUACAGGAUGUUUAAAAAUAUUUUUAUCAUUUGGUAUUUCUAUGCCUGACUCUUUUGAGGAGCGAAUAUUUUCUGACUUUUCUAUUGCUUUGUCCUGCACAGACCCCACCUGUAUGAUUUUCUAUUCCUUACCCCAGAGUGGAUUACCUGAUGUUAGCUGCCCUCACUCUCAUAUAAUAGAAAUAUCUUUCUGGGCUGGGCACUUGGAGGAGAUGGAACUGGAGUCCUCCCUCCUGUUGCCAGGCCUCUCUGCAUUGGCACUUUAUCUGCUCAGUGUUUCUGGCUGUGUUGGGUUUAUUUGUGAGACUGUUGUAACAAUAAAGUCAAAUCUUCCCUC